AUGCGUCAUCUGCGGUCUUUGACAGAAAUUCAGAGCGCAACCGAAUGUGCUGCACCAGGCCGCCUCAUACUUCAGUCAAUAGGAUAUUCAAGAUAUCGCGAUACAUAUAAAUUUUUGUACUUUACUACUCAAAAGUUGCUGAAAACUCCUCGACAGCCCACGACCGGUUUCGCCUUUCACCUGGAAACAUCAGAACCGAGAGAUUCGGCUGGGUUCCAGCAGAAUUGUCGUCCGUUCAAAUACCUUGUUGAACGGGAUCUCGGGGCGUAUGCACACACGGGCUUGGAAGUGUCUACUACCUUUAACUGCCAACUGUUUGGACAGUGCAAUAGUGGUCCCGCGAAGUCACCUGUACUCCGAGCUCUGGCAGACACACCGUCUUCUCCAAUUCCGUCUAAUUUGACCGAAUUUCAAACCCUUGCAUUGGCCAACAUCCACCCCUCUUCAGAGGAGAAUGAUAUUUGCGUGGGUCAACUUACAGGACUAUCCACCAGCAGACAUCACGCGUCUUCAUUUGAUGAUUUAAAGCAAAUCCGUGUUGAGUCGCUUAUCAAUCCUCACGCGAAAGAAUCUAGAAAAGGACAUAUUCUUGUCCGCAGAGUAAAAUGUUUCAAAUUAGCAAAUGCGAUCCGAGCCUUGGAGAUCAGUGCAUUCACCUCAUCUGUCACACUAAAAUCAGAACGAAUACGUAUUCCAAGAUGCGCAAAAUGCUCCAAGACUUCCAGUACCUCCCCCUGGAUUGUAAGUGCCGUGCUCAGUGGUCGCAUGUCCGCAAGCACGAUCCUACACUUUGUGGGUACAAAAAUGCCCACCAAUGGACGGUAUAACUUUGGUCAAUUCAUUCAAAAACACAUCAGCCUUCUCCUCUUCGAGGAUGAGAACGAUGUCGUCCGUAUCGAAAAGGUUUUCGUCACAGGCUAUUUGAACACAGGGGUUUUGGAAAUCUUUCAGUAUUCAUCACAUGAACCUAUCGAUCACCAAAUUAAAUAG